CUUCUUGGUUUCAGAUUUUCGGUAGCCCUUUCUUUCCCACGCCGCAAGAAUAAACGGGAGAGGAAAACCCAAACCCCUCUUCUCCCUCCCCACUCCCACGGCGGCGCGACGCUAAGGAUCUAGGGAGAUUCCGUCGGAUACAACAUGGCCGCCAUCGCCGUCGCCCGCUCGAGGCGCCGGGUCCUGCCCUACCUCCACCGCCUCCUCCACUCGGGCUCCGCCCCGGCCGCCUCCCCCUCGCCCAGCCGCUUCCUCCGCCACGCCUCGCCGGUGCCCCGCGCCGCCGAUCACUCCCCCUACCUCCGCCUCCCCGCCGCGCGCGUCUCCACGCUCCCCACGGGCCUCCGCGUCGUCACGCAGGCCUACCCGGCCGCCACCCGGAUGGCCUCCGUCGGCGUCUGGGUCGACGCGGGGAGCCGGUUCGAGCUUCCAGGCACCAACGGCACCGCACACUUCCUCGAGCACAUGGCCUUCAAGGGCACCGCGCGCCGGCCCGACGCGUACGCACUCGAGGUAGAGAUCGAGGACAUGGGUGCGCGCCUCAACGCCUACACCUCCCGCGAGCAGACCACCUUCUUCGCCGACGUGCAGGCGCGGCACGUGCCCGCGGCGCUCGACGUCCUCAGCGACAUCCUACAGCACCCGCGUUUCCCCGAGAAGGCCAUCCAGCGCGAGCGCGGCGUCAUCCUCCGUGAGAUGGAGGAGGUGCAAGGAAUGAUGGAAGAGGUGAUAUUUGAUCACUUGCAUGCUGCAGCGUUCCAAGGCCAUCCUCUAGGGGACACAAUAUUAGGUCCUGAAGAGAACAUUAAAUCAAUCUUGAAGAGAGAUUUGAAGCAGUAUAUCUCAACCCAUUAUACCUGUCCUCGAAUGGUUGUAUCUGCCGCUGGAGCUGUCAAUCAUGAUGAGGUUGUUGAUCAAGUGAAAGAAUUGUUCACAGGAUUUUCUACUGAUCCAACUACUGCAGAUCAGCUUGUUGAGGCGAACCCGGCUAAUUUUACUGGAUCAGAGGUUCGUGUGGAAAACACAGAGAUGCCUCUAGCGCAUGUUGCAAUUGCUUUCAAGGGUUCAUCAUGGACUGACCCUAGCUCCAUUCCCCUUAUGGUUAUCCAAAGCAUAUUGGGAUCCUGGAACAGGAGUGUUGGGGUUGGGAACUGCUCAGGGUCUGCUUUAGCUCGUGGUAUCAGCAACGCUAAGUUAGCCGAGAGCCUGAUGACGUUCAACACUAACUACCGGGACACAGGAAUAUUUGGCAUUUAUACUAUUGCUCCGCCUGAUACCCUGCAUGACUUGUCACGGCUAAUAAUGGCAGAAUUUAGAAGACUUGCAUUCGAAGUGUCAGAAACAGAGGUUGCUCGUGCCCGUAAUCAGCUGAAAUCUGCUCUAUUACUUCACGUUGAUGGAUCCACUGCAGUUGCUGAGAAUAAUGGUCGCCAGAUGCUAACUUAUGGGCGAGCAAUGCCUUUCCUAGAACUUUUUGCACGCAUUGAUGCUGUUGACUGUGCUGCAAUAAUGGAAACUGCCAAGGAGUUCAUAAUUGACAAGGAUAUUGCUCUGGCUGCAGUGGGACCACUCUCGAAUUUGCCAGAGCUUACUUGGUUUCGCUCGGAGACUUGUUCUGAUGAUGAAUUUACUCGAAGAAUAUUCUUUCAGAACGCACAAAAUAAUUGAAGCUGCGGCUCUGAUAUUGUUGUUGUAACUCUAGGUCAUUCCAAGAAAUUAUCAGUUGAUAGAUAGCAUCAAGCAUUUAAGUUAUUUGUUAGAUAUUCUUUUCUUUUUUUGUCUUUGUACCAUACUUAUUUAUUUCAAUUAUAUUUCUUUUCUUUGGGA